AUGUCCAUAACAUCAAUCAACAAGAAUAGCAACAACAACAAUAGCAGCAAUCAGAGCAACAUUUUUGUGGCGGUCAGGGUGCGCCCUGAGACCGAGGCUGAGAUCGCUGGCAACAGUGGCAGGACAGUGGUGCGUGUCAUGGACAACAAUGUCAUCACACUGGACACUGUCUCGCCACCAUCAGCACUCAAUCGACGACCAGAUCGCGAGCAACGCUUCAUCUUUGAUCGCGUGUUCGAUCAGUUCGCCACACAGAAAGAGGUCUAUGAGAACACGACUCGAGAUGUGAUCACAUCAAUCAUGAAUGGAUACAAUGCGACAGUGUUUGCUUAUGGCGCCACGGGUGCAGGCAAGACUCAUACGAUGAUUGGCAAUGAGCGAAGUGGACCGGGAGUAAUGGUAUUGACAAUGCGCGACCUUUUUGAAGCAUUGGACAAACAGGCGAGUGGCACCAAGAAGUACAAGAUAUCAAUGUCGUACAUGGAGAUAUACAACGAGACCAUCCACGACCUGUUCGUGCCCGAGAGCAAGUCGCUGGGACUGCGCGAGGACGCCAAGGGCCAGGUGGUUGUGGCCGACCUUACCGAGCGCUUCCCGACCUCGGCCGACGAGGUGUUCAAGUGGCUCGAGAUGGGCAACGCCAACCGCAAGCAGUCGCCCACCAUGGUCAAUCAGCAAUCGUCUCGCUCGCACGCCAUUCUGCAGGUGUACAUCCGCCACCAGGAGAGCCUGGCCAACGGCGGCGGCGUCAACUGCGGCAAGCUGUCACUGAUCGAUCUGGCGGGCAGCGAGCGCGCCGCACGCACCCUGAACCGCGGCGUGCGUCUGGUCGAGGGUGCCAACAUCAACAAGUCGUUGCUGUCACUUGGCAACUGCAUCAACGCGCUGUGCGGUCGUCCCGGAGCCUACGUUCCAUACCGUGACUCCAAGUUGACGCGACUGCUCAAGGACAGUCUGGGCGGCAACUGCAAGACAGUGAUGAUCGCCAACAUCAGUCCCAACUCGACCUCGUACGAGGAGUCGCACAACACACUACUCUACGCCAAUCGAGCCAAAGAGAUCAAGACUCGCGUCGAGAAGAAUGUGCUCAAUGUCAACACGCACCUCAGCCAAUACACCGAGAUCAUCAAAGAGCUGCGCGAGGAGGUCCGCGGACUAAAGCAAAGGUUGGCUGAUGCAAGUAACAAUGGUACUAUAGCGGACAAAGACGAUGAUGAAGUCAGCGAGGAUGGCGACACAGGACAACUCAACAUCAUUGUUGACGAGAUCAACACCAAUCUACAAGAGACACUGAGACUAAAGAAGGCUCAGAGCUUGUACGAAGAUCAGACAGAGGGCUGCAAAGCCGCCAUGGAGCGUAGUAGAGCAAUCAUCCACGCGUACAUGGAAGACGAGUCCAAGGCAGAGAUGGUCAGGGAGCUACGAGAGGAGUACCAGAGCAACAGACAGGAGUUGCAGACGCUCGAGGCCAAAAAGGGCGAGAUCGAAAUGGAUCUCAACAGCAAGGAUACAUGGCGUAAGAAGCUACAACUGGAGCUGCCCUCCAAUGUCAAGUCACAAAAGGAUCAGAACUAUCUCAUACAGCAAGCACGAGCUGCUGGACUCGAGCUUGACCGCUGGGACAUCAGUGACAAGUUCAUCAAGCAGAACAAGUACCAGAACGAGCGACUUGCUGAGCUGACCCUACUGGACCAGCAACAUCGUGGCAGUAUCGAGACCAUCUACCAAUGUCUAACACAAAGCUGGAAGAUCAUCAAUGGUUGUCUUCCAGCGGCAGAGAUCCCAGUGGAGUUUGUGAAUGAGUUCUUGGUCUGCUCUGAGCUUUGGAAAGAGUCGCAUCAGAGCCCCAGUACCAAACCAAAGAAGACAACAACGAUCAAGUUGCCACAUGAGAGCAUGGGUACAGAGUCUAACAAGAUGGGUCCAAAGUCAAUACUCAAAAAGACAAUGCCAGUCACACCAGGAGGCUCUACCACCUCCACAUCUACCACUACUACAACCACGACAACUACCAAUAGCAACAGCAAGAAGCGUGUGUUGGAGCAGGAUGAUGGAGCCAGCCUGGUGGUCAUGACGCCAAGGUCCAAGAAGUUGGCCACUACAUCAUCGGCAAUGAAGCCUGGCAGUCGCACGAUCAUGGAGGCUAUUGUCAAUCCUACUUCCGAUGCUGGCAUGGGCAAUGGAGCAGCAGGCCUGUCCAACGGCAGUGUCCUCCUAAAGCCCAUCAGGGUUAAGACUACAACUACCUCAUCAUCAUCAUCAUCGUCAUCUUCGUCAUCAUUAUUAGCAUCAACCAAUCAACCUGUACAGUCAAAGCCACUAAGAGUAAUCAAUCCCAAUGGUAUCAACAACAAUAGCAACAAUAACCCAUCAGCCACAGCAACAUCAACAGCAACAACAGCCACAACAGUCGCUCCUAACCAACCAAAGAGUUUGUUCAAAUCGGCUACAACUCUGUCGACCAUCAAGCGUGUCAAGGUGCAGCCCUCGAUGGAUGAUGGCGAGGAGAAGGAGAACAGUCCAAAGCCACCACCCUUAUCAUCAUCAACGAUCGCUAAUGGCAAGUCCACUGGCACGGCCGCCAUCAAGCGUGCCGCUCCGCCAACUACAUCCUCCUCCUCCUCCACCGUUGUCAAGAAAAUUAGCCCUACAUUGGCGACCUCUAAGAAGGUCAGUCGGUCGAGCUAA